GAGCGGGCUCCCCCGGGACUGCGGUGUCUGACCCGCACCGAGGGGCCGCGUCCGCCUGUGCCGGGCACGGCUCCGGCUGUCCGGGGUGUGUGAGCUCUGCGGUCGGGGGAGGGCACUGCCAAGGGCGGGAGGGAGUCUCUCGGAGCCGGCCCUUUGCUUUAGCAGUGUGAGCAGAGCUAAAACCACCUGGGUGGGCAGAUUCCUUGAGGAAAAAAUUGCUGUGAAGUGCUCAGGGUUGGAUGACAUCAUCGGGGACCCCAGGGUGGGGAACACAGGCGGCACUGUCUUGGCUACACAGAACCCAGCUGCCAAGGCUGUCGUGUUAUGACGACCCCCAACAAAGGAAACAAGGCCUUGAAGGUGAAAAGGGAGCCAGGCGAGAAUGGGACCAGCUUGACAGACGAGGAGCUGGUGACCAUGUCUGUGCGAGAGCUGAACCAGCACCUGCGGGGCCUGUCCAAGGAGGAGAUCAUCCAGCUGAAGCAGCGCCGGCGCACGCUGAAGAACCGGGGCUACGCGGCCAGCUGCAGGGUGAAGCGCGUCACCCAGAAGGAGGAACUGGAGAAGCAGAAGGCAGAGCUGCAGCAAGAAGUGGAGAAGCUGGCCUCAGAGAACGCCAGCAUGAAAAUGGAACUUGAUGCUCUCCGCUCCAAAUACGAGGCCCUCCAGAACUUCGCCAGAACCGUGGCCCGGAGCCCCGUGACCCCUGCACGGGGGCCUCUCGCCUCCAGUAUGGGGCCCCUCGUCCCUGGCAAGGUGGCUACCACCAGUGUCAUCACAAUAGUGAAAUCCAAAACGGACGCCCGGUCUUAGUGAAGCGAGCGUUGCCUGAGCUUGUCUGUGCAGGGCAGUUAGGCACAAAACCAGCCUGGAAUCCCCAAAGCACAAGCCCUCGCCACAUGGGUCCGGGUUCCUUUGACUUGGCCCAGGACUGGCCUGCUGAUCGCUCCAGUUUAUUUUGUUGUGUCCAGAUUGGUAUGAGCAGUGGUGAUGCAUCCCUUGUCCUGUGCAGACAGAGCUUCCCACCCAGCAGUCUGUAGCCCUCGGGUGCCCUGGGGACAGGCUGUGAGAUUUUGGUUUUCUACCCAAAGAAAAUCUGUGCAGCGUGGCUGAGAGAAGGGUGGAGGAGUGGCCCGAGGAAAGCUUUCUUCCUGGGGGCUGGGAACCCUAAUUUUCGGUCACUUCCAAAGGCUUUAUUUCAUGACUCUUCCAGGUGGUGCAUCUCAGCGCCUGAACCUGCUGCUUUUGUCUCCUUUGGUACCUGUAGUUACAGUUGGGGUGUUCUGUGUCCUAGGUUUUAUUCCUUUCUAGGUGUGCCUCUGUGCCCUAGCCGUGGGUGUCCCUCAGGCCGUGCCGUUGGCUGUGUGAGCUGGCAGUGCUGGGGGACGGCGCUGCCGUGUCCUGAGCCCCCGCAGGGAAGGAAGGAGGGAAGGAAGGAAGGAGGCAGCAGCGGGACUGUGUGGACUGCAGGCCGGUUUUGUGCCUAAUGUGUUGCACUGAACAAGACCAAAAUCACUAGUUGUUCCCGUGUUUCGAGGGUAUCAAGUGUCUCUAGUGUGAUGGUUUACACAACCAGUUUAUGUGGUUAAAUAGCCCUUUAUUUAAAGAGAGAAACAUCGUUUUAAGAAUUAUUAAAUUAUCUAAGUUUAAAAUUGGACAGAAGAGAGAGCGUAUUUAUAGUCAGCUUUUUUACCUGAGAAGGCGAGAAUAUUUGACCAUAUGAGUGGGAAAUAUUCUCAGAGACUUUGCUAGUUAAAAGUUAAUAAAUAAAUAAUUUUAAAGUUU